AAGCUACAGGAUGAUGGCACCUGAUAGCAGUGACGGUGCUACUUCAUGUGCUUGUAAAGGCAUCCGGCGGUGUCUCAUGUGUGAAAAGUUGAAGGGAAAGGGACAGCUGGAGGCGAGUGAACCUCAGGUUGUACAUCAUUUCCACUACAAUCCUGAGACGGGGCUUGCCAUUUACAAAGAUGCUGAGGCUGCAUCCUUCCCCUUUCCUGGUGUCUUCCUGUGGGAAAACUUCAUAUCAGAAGAGGAGGAGAGGGAGCUGAUAAACACGAUGGACCAGGAUGUGUGGAAUCAGUCCCAGUCUGGUCGAAGGAAACAGGACUUUGGUCCAAAAGUGAACUUCAAGAAAAGGAAAGUGCGUGUGGGCGGCUUCAGUGGACUCCCUGCUUUAAGCCAAAAACUAGUGCUCAGGAUGCAGCAAGAGCCAAGUCUAGCAGGCUUCCAACCAGUGGAGCAGUGCAAUCUGGAUUACCAUCCUCAGCGAGGCUCCUCCAUCGAUCCACACCUAGAUGACUCCUGGUUGUGGGGGGAGCGCCUGGUCACCAUCAACAUGUUAUCAAACACUACACUAACCAUGUCGCUUGAACAGGGUCUGCCUGAGUUGGGACUAGGAGAGGAAGUCCGUGUAGCUGUGCAUCUUCCUCGCAGAUCUUUAGUCGUGUUGUACGGUGAGGCGCGACAUAGGUGGAAACAUGCAAUUCAUAGGGAGGAUGUUCACGAGCGCAGAGUUUGCAGCACUUACAGAGAGCUGUCUGCGGAGUUCUUACUUGGAGGGCAGCAGGCAGAGCUGGGAGUUCAGCUGUUGAACAUUGCUUUGAACUUUCAAGGAACUCCGAUAUAAAGUAAUCAGAUGAUGCAAAGAAAGAUUGUACUACCAGAGUCUAGACUACUUGCACAUGUCUUGGACUGUGUCUCAUUUCAGGGGUGCCUCCCUAAACAGUCCUUCUGUGUCCUUCAGAGGGCUGAGGGUUGUAGACUGAAGCUGUGCUCCCUCCCCAAACACGACAGUCUACAGAGGAGUCACAAUACAGUCGUCGUCAGUUCCUGCCAACUUCAAAAUCGACCAGUGCACAGUGGAUGUUGGAAUAUGCAAAUUUAGAAAGGAUACAGUGGCUGUGGCUCGAAAUUAGGGCAAAAGAAGAAGAAGAAGGAGGAGACGACCACACAUCUUUGCUGCUUUUAGUGCAGCCUUAGUCUUGAAUUGUGGACUUAAAAAAAGAGGUGGACACUGAAGCGGACUCUGGUUCUUUGGCUAUUUGACUCGUCUGGUCCCAACUAAUAUUGAAACUAUCAUUGUGUUUGUCAGAAACCUGUCGAAGGCAAUUUAAGGGACUACAGGUUUUGUUGGACGAAUGGAAUAAUAUAAAUUUAGUGAUUAAAUUGUAGGGUUUUUUUUCAGGGUUUCAGACCUGCUGUCCUUCACAAAUGUAACUGUUAGUAUUGUUGUUAACAACAUGAAUAAGCAGUUGAUGCCAGAUACAGAAAUAAAAUAUAAGAAACUAGACUUCUAGUUACAUAGAAAUAUGCUAAUAGAAUAUACUGGUUACCAGUCUAUUACACUAAUAUAUAAAUGCGUGGAAAUUGAAUUAAAACUUUCAAAGUCACAAAAGUGAAUCUAAAAAAGUUCUGUCACCUGAAACUACUCUGUACUGCAGGUGUGCUCGUUUCUCUUAAAUUAUGCUUAAAUGGAUUAGUGGUUACAAACCCUCGAUCUGAAGCUGUUUGCACAGUUUGUACAGGACAAGAAACCCAUGCAGAAGGAGGUCCAAAGACUCCAGACCAGCUGUCUCUAGAGACAGUAUUUUCUGCAGUCCUCUCUCUUUUUCAUCUUUGUAUUUUAAUAAAAAAAGAAAAUUUAGCCCAA